AUCUUUCCACCGUUAUCUGUUUGGGACAUUGCUCCAUUCCUCCUCUGUUUAAAUCCUUCUUCUUCAUCCUCUUGAUUCUUCUCCCAUGAGGCAUUACAUCCAACACUACCUUAUUCCUACUCUCAUCAUUUUCUUCCCAAGAACCCGAACCAGUCAUGGCUGCUUGUGCUUUGCUAGGUGACAAUGGCGACCAUGUCAGUGCCAAUGGAAGCAGCAGCAACAACAACAACAACAGUAGUGCUAGUCACAGUCCAUUGAACUCCACCAGCCAAGGAAGCAGCGUUGUCGAGCAGCAGCAGAACCCGGCUCGGUCGAAAAUGGUGAGGAAGAGAAUGGCUUCCGAGAUUGAAGUGCAGCCUAGCAGUAACAACAACAACACCAACUCAAUCAGAAACAACAAUAAUGGUGACAAUUAUAUGAGAGCAGCUUCGCGUAACCGGAGCGUGAUGCUAAAUCCAAACCCGACCCAUGACAAAGUGAAUAUGGUCUCCAACUACUCCACCACUAUGCUCAAUCUACCAGUACCAUCAUCGUCCAACAAUCUGACAACUCUCAUGACGUCAGGUGGGGUUCUAUCAACUGCUUCAGCUUCUUCUUCCUCUCCAACCUGGGGUCCUAUAGACCCUUUGUCCCUCCAUCAUCCCAUUCACCACUCCCAGAUCGCCGCCACCUCUCCUCCUCCCGCCGUCUGCGGCUUUUCAGGGCUGCCUCUCUUCCCACCGGAGAGAACAACUCCCCCCUCAACUCAUCCUACCACGGCGCUUUCUACUGUCAUGGAUCAAGACAGCUCCGCCACGGCGUGGAUCGACGGCAUCAUAAAAGACCUCAUCAACAGCUCCACCAGCGUCUCCAUUCCUCAGCUCAUACAAAACGUGAGGGAGAUCAUCUUCCCUUGCAACCCCAACUUGGCUUCCCUCCUCGAGUAUCGCCUCCGCUCCAUAUCGGAGCCGCCCCCGCCUCCGAUCCCGACUUUCAGUCGAAGAAGAGAGCAACUAGGUCCGGGGUUGAAGCUUAAUAUCGACUCUACCUCCACCGGAAUAAAUGACGUCGCUACUGUUUUCCCGUCAGAUGGCAACAGUGGUCACCAUGUGAUUAGCAACCAGGACUUGUACUUGAGCUGGGGAGCCACCCUACCCCAACAACCCAACCCUACCUCCUCCCCUACUUGCAACGAAAGCAACCUCCAGGCUCAGCAGCACCACAUUUCCCAGCAGAUUCAGCCACAACUACAACAACAAGUACAACAACAAACACACGAUAAGCAGCGGCAAAGCUCCCCAUCCCCGGCCGCGGAGUCUACACAAAACAACACUGCACUACAGUCCACCACUGCAGCUGCACCUACGCCGUCCCCGGCGGCACUACUCCGCGAGAAGAAAGAAGAGAUGCGGCAGCAGCAGCGAGACGAAGAAGGGCUGCACCUCCUCACCUUACUACUCCAAUGCGCCGAAGCCGUCUCCGCCGAUAACUUCGAAGAAGCAACCAAAAUGUUACUAGAAAUCUCCGAGCUUUCUACCCCUUACGGCACCUCCGCGCAGCGCGUGGCGGCUUACUUCUCCGAGGCCAUGUCAGCGAGACUAGUCAGCUCGUGUCUCGGCAUCUACGCCUCCCUCCCGGCCUCCGCCGCGCCAAUCACCCAUUCGCAGAAGCUUGUGUCCGCGUUCCAAGUCUUCAAUGGAAUCAGUCCUUUUGUGAAGUUCUCCCACUUCACGGCCAACCAAGCAAUCCAAGAAGCAUUUGAAAGAGAAGACCGGGUGCACAUAGUCGAUCUCGACAUCAUGCAAGGCCUACAAUGGCCUGGACUCUUCCACAUUCUAGCUUCCCGCCCCGGUGGCCCACCAUACGUCCGCCUCACCGGGCUUGGAACCUCCAUGGAGGCACUAGAAGCUACCGGAAAGCGCUUAACGGACUUCGCAGACAAGCUAGGGCUUCCGUUCGAGUUCCUCCCAGUGGCGGAGAAGGUGGGUAGUUUGGACCCUGACCGGCUUAACAUAAGCAAGAGAGAGGCCGUGGCCGUUCACUGGCUGCAGCAUUCGCUUUACGACGUCACCGGCUCCGACGCCAACACGCUCUGGCUUUUGCAGAGAUUAGCACCAAAAGUGGUGACGGUAGUGGAACAGGACUUGAGUCACGCCGGUUCUUUUCUAGGGAGGUUUGUGGAGGCCAUACACUACUACUCGGCGUUGUUCGAUUCUUUGGGUGCAAGCUACGGUGAAGAGAGCGAGGAGAGGCACGUCGUGGAGCAACAGCUUUUGUCAAGGGAGAUACGGAAUGUUUUAGCCGUGGGAGGGCCGUCACGGAGCGGUGAAGUCAAGUUCCAUAACUGGAGGGAGAAGUUCCAGCAGAGUGGGUUCCGGGGGAUAUCUUUGGCGGGAAAUGCGGCGACUCAGGCGACCUUGCUGCUUGGGAUGUUCCCUUCUGAUGGCUACACAUUGGUGGAGGACAAUGGGACUCUCAAGCUUGGAUGGAAAGACCUCUGUUUGCUCACUGCUUCGGCUUGGAGACCACCUUAUCAUGCUACUACCAACCCCAACCUUCACUACUGAGCUUGUUUUUGAAUGUAUUAUCCGUAAUCCGUUGCCCGGUUAUAAUUUUUGUUUAGUUGAAAUCCAUCUA